AUGAGACGCAUGCCUUCUAGCUUUUGUCCUGAAAAUCUCGUUAAGCUGGAAAUGCGGGAGAGCAAACUCGAGAAGUUGUGGGAAGGAAUUCAUUCACUUACAGGGCUCAAGAAAAUGGAUUUAGCGGAAUCUAGAAAUCUAAAAGAGAUCCCAGAUCUUUCCAUGGCCACUAGUCUCGAGACACUUAAUCUUGAAGUGCUCGAGUUUGGUGGAGCUUCCUUCUUUUAUUCAGCAUCUCAGCAAACUGGAGUGCUCAAUCUCUGGGGAUGCUCACGGUUGAAGAGUUUUCCUGAUAUCUCAAGUAACAUCUCUGUACUCUUUUUAAGACGAACAGCGAUUGAAGAAUUUCCCCCUAACUUGCGUCUAGAGAAUCUCUUUCACCUUGAUAUGUUGGGAGUGAAAAGUGAUAAAUUGUGGAAAAACGGUCAGCCGCUUACACCCCUCAUGGAUAUGCUAUCUCCCUCUUUGAGGUAUUUGGUACUCUCGGAUAUCCCAACUUUGGUGGAGCUUCCUUCUUCAUUUCAGAAUCUCAAUGAUCUGGAAACAUUGGGCAUUACAGACUGCAUAAAUCUGGAGACUCUUCCAAAUGGCAUCAAUUUCGAAUCUCUAGAUAAACUCGAUCUGUCUGGAUGCUCACGGUUGAGGAUUUUUCCUGAUAUCUCAACCAACAUCUCACAGCUCAAUCUAAGCGGAACAGCGAUUGAAGAGGUUCCUUGGUGGAUCGAGAGCUUCAGUAAUCUAAUAGCUAUAAGAAUGCGGGUAUGCAAAAGUUUGAAGCAUGUGUCCCUCAACAUUUCUAAACUGAAACGUCUCGAGGAGGUUGAUUUUUCAAAUUGUGGGGCAUUGACUGAAGUUAGCUUGAAUGAUCACUCUAAGUUGCCAAUACUUGACGAGGCUUCUCCAUCUCUUCGAGAAGAUAACAUCAAGCUCGAUUUCAGAAACUGCUUCAACUUGAAUCAAGAGGCUCUGAUUGAAAAACAAACAGUAAAAACGGAGAAACUAAUUUUGCCAGGGGAAGAAGUGCCUUCAUAUUUCACUUAUCAAACUUCUGAAACCUACCCCGCGGAAGAAGAAGGAACCUACUCCUCUCUGACCAUCCCUCUAGUUUCCCAGCUUUCUCUUGCAACCGUUCUUCAGAUUUAG